GGAGAAUGCCAGGAUCAAACCAUCCAUACGCUUCUCUGCAUCAGCUGAAGAAUUCCAAGCUCAAACAUCAUGAACUAUGUGAUCAUGUAGAACAUUAGAGUCUGCCUGGUACCAUAGUAUGUAAUUCAUGCAAAGUUUGAAAUAAUGUCUAAGACGGCGUUGUUUCCAUCUAGCAUCAGAAGUGAUCGUGGUUAGCAAUUCGUUUAAUAUUAAAAUGGCUGGGGAGUAUCCGGUGGAAAAAGUGAUUCUUGCUACUGACUCUUACAAGACAACUCAUCAUCUGCAAUACCCUUCAGAAACCACGACAGUGUACUCCUACUUUGAAAGUCGAGGAGGAAGAUUUCCAUAUACCGUAUUUUUUGGUUUACAGUACAUCAUAAAAAGAUGGUUAGUUGGACCUGUCAUCACAGAAAGUAAGAUUCAGGAAGCCAAAGAAAUCUGCCAAUCUCAUAUUAGACAAGAUAUCUUCAAUGAAGAAGGUUGGAGACACAUUCUUAUGAAGCAUAAAGGACAUCUUCCACUACGAAUUAAAGCAGUACCUGAAGGCUCUGUUGUCCCUACACGGAAUGUCCUUUUUACUGUUGAAAACACUGAUCCUGUUGUUCCAUGGCUAACAAACUGGUUUGAGACUCUUCUAGUUCAGACCUGGUAUCCUACUACAGUUGCUACUAAUUCAAGAUGUCAGAAAGAACUGCUUGCUAAGUACCUGUGUGAUACAGCAGAUGACUUAAACACACUUCCAAUGCAACUCCAUGAUUUUGGUUUUCGUGGAUGCUCCUCAGUAGAGUCAGCAGCCAUAGGAGGAGCAGCUCACAUGGUGAACUUUACAUCAACAGACUCAAUAGCUGGUCUACUGCUUAUUAGAAAUUACUAUGGAUGUAAUAUGGCUGGGUUUUCCAUUCCUGCCACAGAAGCCAGCACUAUGACAACAUGGGGUGUGUCUGGGGAAGUAGAAGCUUGUCGUAAUAUGCUAAACCACUUCUCCUCAGGAACUCUAGCUGUAGUUAGUGACAGUUAUGAUGUGUUUAAUUGCUGUGAAAAUAUCUGGGGUACAGAGUUAAAAGCUGCUGUCGAGGCCCGAGGAGAACAAGGGGGUGUACUAAUCAUCAGGCCUGACUCUGGGGAUCCAGCCACAGUGGUGUUAAAGAUCUUGAAUAUCUUAGGCAAACAAUUUGGGACAACUAAGAAUAAAAAAGGUUAUAAACUUCUCCCACCCUACAUUCGUUUAAUUCAGGGGGAUGGUAUCAGCUACAAAACUCUUGAACCAAUACUUCAGAAGUUAAAAGAAAACCAGUGGAGUACAGAUAAUGUAAUUUUUGGGAGUGGAGGUGCUCUCCUUCAGAAGCUAGACCGGGACACAUUGAAGUGUGCUUAUAAAUGUAGCUUUGCUGUUGUGGAUGGGAAAAAGAUCAACGUGUUUAAAAAACCAAUCACUGAUCCUGGAAAACAUUCCAAGAAAGGCCGGCUUUCACUAGAAAAGCAAGGAAAUUCAUACUUAACAAUUGAAGAAGGACUUGGUGAUCCAGAAAAGGACCUUUUAGUAACUGUGUUUGAAAAUGGAAAAUUAAUUCGAGAGUACACAUUUGAUGAAGUGAGAAGAAAUGCUGAACUAGAUACAGUAAAGAAUAAUAGGAAAACAUAGUACUGGAAGAUUCUUAUUAAUUUAUUGUUUAGGUUGAUUUACAGUCAUAAUAAUACAUUUUUGUAGAUUUUCAAUACACAAAUGGUGUUAAUGUUGAAAUACACUAACACUUGGAGAUCUCAUCUCUGUGAGUGUAAUGUUAUUGAUUUUGUGUCAAUCUUCCAUUUGUAACAGUGAUAACAUUCCUCUAAGUCUUAGAGGAAUGCAUAAAUGUGAUUAUUUGAUGAAUGUGAUAAGCCAAACCAUGACUUAUUCUACUAACUCAAUUUUGAAUCCUCAGAGAAGAAAUAUUUCUCUGGAAAAACAGUUAAUUUGCUUGCUUUGUUUACUGGUAGAAACGUAGUCCUGAUUUGGAUAGAGCAGUAGUCAUUGUUUUAGAUUUUUGAAAAGUUUGAUCUAAAAAAAAAAGACUGGAGACAAAUAUGAGAAACAAAACAUAUUCUGGAACUGAUGCGAUCCACAAUAACAUUUUUAGCGGGUUAGAUUUUAAAAUCAGUAAUUGAUUACAAGAUUUUUGUGAUUUUUAGACUAGUCUGUCAUUUUGUAAUCUUGUAAAGUUCUGAGAAGAGCAAUGUUUGAGAUACAUAAUCAUUUUAUAAUUAUUUAAUUAUUGUGGUGUUCUAACAAAUUUUUUAUAGCUUUCAAACUAUGAAGUAUGUAGCAGAGAGUUCUGAACCAAAAGACAUUGUGUAUGGGAUGUGUGAUGGACUUGAAAAUCGAUGCUUUAUUUGGUAUUCUAGUAGAAAUGUGAGAGACACAAGAUAUUUAGUAUUUUAGCAUGUUUUAGUAAAGUUUGAAAAUUGUGGGGAAUUUUUACUUUACAAGAUAGAAGAGGUAAUCGUAUAUAGAUAACAAGUUUCAUUGUUUUUAUACAUUUAGAAUCCUCUAUACAGUUUUCCAAGUUUCAACACCCUAUGAUACAUAAAGAAUUUUAACACAAGUGGGUAUUUAAUAUCCCUGAAUAGAUUUAAAUUAGCAUUUAAAACCAUUCUAUAGUAUACCUGAGUCUUUUAAUACCAGUGUGUCAUAGUAGCCGAGCAAAGGUGUAAGUAGAGUAGUUUUAGAACUUUUUAUCUUGUACAUCAAUCCUUUAAAAGUCACUUAUUAACCCGAGAAAGCUAGUAGAUAACAGAAAGUUUGAAAAAUUAUAUGUUGUAUACGUUAGUUGCUUAGAAUGCUUUUUAGACUUCCUGUUGUGGCAAAAUAUUUAAUGAAGAGAUUCAAAAUCUUGUGUGAAGUAUAUGAGUCACUGUGAAAUCAGUAAUUUACUUCCUUAGCAGUAUUUAACUGUUUGAAGGUAAGGAUGGGAAUGUUGAAAAUAUCAUUGUUUAGAUGAAAUCUAUUUUAAAUAUUUUUUAUUAGAAUAAUACAUUUUACAAAACAUGAAUUUGCAAGGUAGUGAAUUUUUCAUGCCAGAUUAACUUAGUCAUUUUCCACAGCUACAAUAUCUUAUAGUUUUCAUAGUCACCUGAAUAUAUUUACGUUUGUAAUAACUUUGUACGAAACAGCUACUCAUAAUUUAAAAAUAUAUUGGUAUUGGAUAUCCUGAUGUUAAACAGUUUUGUUUUUUUUACACUUAAUGGUAUUCAGGAAGAGUGAUUGUUGAUACUGUAAAAAAAAAAAGCUUGUACUCGUUAGAAGUGAUACAGUAAUUUAAUUUGGUUUUGAUUGUUAACAGUUGUAGCAUUUCCUUUUAUGGAAAAGGCAAGGAAGCAAUAAGAAUUAGCUUAAAAUAAUCAGUAUUAUAUUUGUUACUUAAUAUAACAGAUUUUAUUUUCUCAUUUUGUUGAUGCCCGUCUGUAUUCUUUAUAAAUAUAUAAUGUGAUGCUAAUAAAAAUCAAACCUCA